AUGGCUCCCGCUCCCUCUGCAGCUGCCUCAACAGCUCCCAUUCCCUCUGCAUCACUGUCUCUGUCCUCUCUCCAUCUCCCUCUCCCUCUCCCUCCACCUCUCCAUCUCCCUCAGACUCUGCAUCGCCUCGGGCCCUUUGUCUCCCUUGGCCUCGGGCCCUUUGUUUCCCUUGGCCUCGGCCUCAGCCUCUCCAUCUCCAUCUCCGGCUCCCUCGACCUUGGCCUUUCUGUUACCCUCGCCUUGGCCUUGGCUUGUUCAUCUCCAUCUCUCUCGGCCUCAGCCUUGGCCUCUUCAUCUCCCUCGGCCUCAGCCUCUCCUUCUCAGACUCCCUCACCCUCUCUGUCUCCAACUCCCUUGGCCUUGGUCUCUCUGUCUCCAUCUAAGUCUCCCUCAACCUCUCCAUCCCCAAUUCCCUCGCGUCUCCAUCUCUGA